AUGGAGGGCCUAACCCACAGCCGAAUCCAGCCCCAGGCCCCAGCUCGUUCGUCCACGAUUCAUUCCUCACCCUCACGCUCUGCCACCGACACCACCCUCUCCCCGGCCGGCGACCUCCUACCCUCCGCACCCACCCCCACCGCUGACCUCCUCCCCCUCUCCUCCAUCCAUUCGCCUCAUCGCUACCCUCGCCCGCUCGCCGCACCCGAAACCCACACUGCCAUCCCCAUCCCCACCCAGAUCCAGCCGUGGAUGCUGCGGCCCCAGCCCACCCGCAUCGAGCUCCACAGCUCCGAACGCGACGAGAUUGAGGAGCACAUCCGCUCCAAAGACGACGCCGCCGCCGCCGAAUCCUCGGCCUUCUCAACCCCGCCGACGUCCAACCCCAUCGUCAACCCGAUCCUCCGCAUCCUCCACCCGCACGCCGAUGCCGCGCCCACCAAGCCCCAUCCCCAACCCCAUUCCCAUGGAGGUCGAGGUCAAGCUCCGCCUCCCCGAUGCGGCCGCGCACUGCCGCCUCUCCGCCUACCUCGCGCCCCGCCUCCUCCGCACCGACGCCCAGCGCAACGCCUUCUUCGACGCCCCGGCCCGGCCCCUCCGUGGGAAUCGCAGGUUAUUGUUCUGCGCGGGGCUAACCGGGGGACUGUUUCGCCGUGCGUGUUUUGGGCAGGGAGGAGCAGGGUCUCGAGGUACGACGCGGGAGCGCCUCCGAGCAGGGAAGGGAGGGGUGGGGCCUGGAAGCGCGAUGAUCCGGAGGCUCCACCUCGACGAACAGGGAUGACUGGAGUUCCAAAGCUUAAUCCCAAAUUCUCCACCCAAAGAGCAGGGACAAGUAAGGUUCCAAUUGUUAAUUUCGAGGUUUCUCAUCACAGAGCAGUCGCACAGUGAGGUUGCUAAGAGCUGAUAAGGGGAAGGCGUUUGUUGAUCUUUUAAAUGAGAAAGCAAACGAUUCUGGGGAAAAUGAGA